AUGUCCGACCAAGAUGCUCAUCCAAACAAAUACAGCGAAUUGCGAAGUAACUACAAAUACUAUAUCGAUAUAUGCAAUAAGUUAUAUCAGUUGAAAACGGGAAAAGAAGAAGAAUUAAACAAGAUUUACAAAAUGAUCAAAACAGAAUUGAUUGAUUCAAAUAAAUAUCCUCCCCAAGAUAUGAUACGCGCCAUUUUAAAUCUUAUUGUGUAUAAUAAUCACUAUGCAAAGUCAUAUUUAUAUCUUGCUAAACUCAUAUCAGAUGAAUAUCAUGUCAAAGAGGUCAACAACGUCAUACUUAUUUCAAACUUCCUAUUUUAUAAAGAAUAUGGAAUUAAAUUAGACAAAUCUGAUGACUUCGAAAAAAUUAAAUCAGAUUUUCUCGAUAUUCAUACAGAGAAUACAAUAUACAGAGCAAUUAUGAAUAAUGACUUAGAAAGAUUCAUCACAUUCACAGAAAGAGAAUAUUUUGAUAAAGAUCAAAUACUUAAAUGCGAUUUAUAUCCAUAUUCUUAUUAUGGAUAUUCAUUACUUGAAUUAUGCUGUUAUCAUGGAGCUGUUGAUUGUUUCAAGUUAUUAAGAUCGAAAUUUAAAUCCGAAAUAACUCAAACAUGUUUACAAUUUUCAUUUUUAGGAGGAAAUCCAGAUAUCAUGAGUGAAUGUUUGAAAUAUCAAAAACCAAAAUAA